AGUAAUCCUAGUAUUGUGUAGUUCUGUCAAGUCGAUAUUUAUGAUUCGCAAUUCUUAAUAAAGCGCAUUGUAAAACCGUUGUAGAGACAUUGCGAAUUAAGAAAUUUUUAUAACAGAUUCGAAGGUUAAAAACGAGGAACAAUGGGAACCGAUCACACACAUAGACGAUGGGGUCAUUUAAAAAAGAUUUUGGAGCGUUCUGGCCCAUUUUGCCGUCCAGAUUUCGAACCAUCGCCUGAAACUUUGCAAUUCCUUAUGGAAAAUUGUAAGCUUUUAGUCAUUGGUGCUGGAGGUUUGGGCUGUGAGUUAUUGAAAAAUUUGGCUCUCAUGGGAUUUAGACAAAUUCAUGUUAUUGAUAUGGAUACCAUCGAAUUAUCGAAUCUUAAUCGACAGUUCCUCUUCCGUCACAAAGAUCUGGGUUCUUCAAAAGCCGAAGUAGCAGCCAGAUUUAUAAACAACAGAGUACCAGGAUGUAACGUCACAGCACACUGCUGUAUGAUUCAAGACAAGGAUGAGUCGUUCUACCGUCAGUUUCAUAUAAUCGUCUGUGGCUUAGAUUCCAUAGUGGCAAGAAGAUGGAUAAACGGCAUGCUGCUAUCGCUGCUCGUUUACAAGGAUGGAGAAUUGGACCAAAGCAGCGUUAUACCAAUGGUUGACGGAGGCACAGAAGGAUUCAAAGGCAAUGCCAGAGUCAUACUGCCAGGAUUAACUGCAUGUAUCGAGUGCACUCUUGAUCUCUAUCCUCCACAGACAACUUAUCCAUUAUGCACAAUAGCAAAUACUCCUCGUUUACCAGAACACUGCAUCGAGUAUGUAAAAGUAAUCCAAUGGCCAAAAGAAAAUCCUUUCGAAUGUGUUAUCGAUGGCGAUGAUCCUCAACACAUUAAUUGGAUUUACGAAAAAUCGAUCGAAAGAGCAACCCAAUUUGGUAUACGAGGAUUGACGUACAGACUCGUACAAGGAGUUGUUAAAAAUAUCAUACCCGCUGUAGCUUCGACAAAUGCAGCAAUCGCUGCUACAUGCACCACCGAAGUUUUUAAACUCGCUACCAGUUGCACACUAUCUCUCAACAAUUAUAUGGUUCUCAAUAAUUUGGACGGAAUUUAUUCAUAUACGUACGAAGCAGAGAGAAAAUCGGAUUGCUUGGCGUGCAGUCAGGAACCACGAGAAAUACAAAUCCGCGAUGAAACCGUUAAAUUGAAGGAUCUGAUUGAGUUGAUGUGCGCACGUCCCGAUCUACAAAUGAAAAACCCUGGGCUUACCGCAAACAUCAAUGGAAAAAUGAAAACUCUCUAUAUGCAAACUGUCGCUAGUAUUGAAGAAAAAACACGCGAAAAUUUGACAAAAACUAUGGGAGAAUUGGGACUAAAGGAUGGCACGGAGAUAAACGUUGCUGAUAUCACGACACCGAAUACAGUAGUUUUUAAGCUCCGAUUUGAACCAUGCGAUGUCGAAAUGAAUUGAUCCAAACAUACAAUUUAACUCAUGUAAAUUAUUGUAAAUCAUUACAAUUUUUCAGUUAAAUCCAAUUAAUAUUCGCUAAAAUAAACGUCUGUUGUAAGUA